CUGUGUCCCUCGGACACAGCGGAUCACCGGUCAUGGAAAGAGCCGAAGAAGUCGGCUCAGUCAUGUAAUCAGCUGUGUCCAAUCACUGAUCAUCAGGGCACUGAUGAUCAGUGUGCCCUGAUGAUCAGUGUAGCCCCAGCAGUGCCACCUGUCAGUGUCCAUCAGUGCCUUGUGUCAGUGCUCAUCAGUGCCUCGUGCCAGUGCCCAUCAGUGCCACAUCAAUGCCACAUACCAGUGCCCAUCAGUGCCAGCUGUCAGUGCUCAUCAGUGCCUUGUUCCAGUUCCCAUCAGUGCCACAUCAAUGCCACAUAUCAGUGCCUACCAGUGCACAUCAAUGCCACAUAUCAGUGCCCAUCUGAGCUGCCUUUCAGUGCCACCCAUCAGUGCCAGUCAGUGCCAUUUAUCAGUGCCAGUCAGUGCCGCCUAUCAGUGCCUGUCAGUGCCGACUAUCAGUGC